AUGUCAUCCACGCCAGCAGGAACUGCCGAUGAGAUUGCACAGCACGGUUGGACAGCCGUCCCAGUUGAUGCCAACGCUAUUCUCAAUGGCAAGCCCUACAUUCAUAAGCCAACUCCCAUAGCACAGAAGGAUAUUCCCUUCCCUUCCGACCCGGUUGUCGUCAAAGUUCAAGAGUACGCGAAGGAGCACCUGAUCGAGCAGACUUACAAUCACUCGAUGCGCGUGUACCACUGGGGCUACGCAAUCCUGAAAGACCAGUUCCCAGACGAGUUCCGCCGGCUCUCGCUCUCCACAUGGGCACUCACAUGCCUGCUCCACGACAUCGGCACGACGCACACGAACCUGCGCGCGACCCUCCUAUCCUUCGAGUUCUACGGCGGCAUCCUCGCGCUGAACCUGCUAUCUCACGACCUCAAAGCACCACAAGCCCAGGCCGAGGCCGUCGCGGAGGCCAUCAUCCGCCACCAGGACCUGGGCACCGUGGGGACCAUCACGUUCCUGGGCCAGCUGGUGCAGCUGGCGACGGUGUAUGAUAACAUGGGGAUCAACCCGCAGAUCGUGGAUGUGGUGACGAGGGAGAGCGUUAAUGAGAGGUUCCCGAGGAAGGGGUGGAGCGGGUGCUUCGCGAAGACAAUUAGAGAGGAGAAUGCGCUGAAGCCGUGGGCGCAUACGACGCAUCUGGGCGAGGAGGACUUUCCUGGCGGGGUGGAGAAUAAUGAGCUUAUGAAGCCGUAUGAUCGGUGGGGUUUGUAA